AUGCAGCGUACAUUGCCGCUUCUCCGCCGGGAUAUCAGUCUCUCCACGGCCAUAGAUGACGACGACAAUAUACUCCAAGAACUCUCUUAUCCCAAACAGCGAGUCGACUUCUACACGUGCCGUGUGGGGGAUGUCAAAGAGUGGAUAUCCGGGAGUUUCAACGUGUGCAUACCAGUUGACAUCUAUGGGCAAGAAGACCAUGCACCUGGACGAGUCCUCAUUAGAUUUCCUUUGCCCUACAAAGUGGGAGAGGGUCAACACCCAGGCAAUGCAGACGAGAAGCUCCGCUGCGAGGCUGCCACUUAUAUUUGGAUCCGGCAGAACUGUCCUUCUCUACCUAUACCUCGAUUGUGGGGUUUCGCCUUUGCGCAUGACUCAUGUUUCACCGCGAUUGAGCACGCCAACGUCUUCAGCAGAAUUAGGUGGUAUUUCCAUAAUAUGGUAUCGUCUGUCUUGGGAUAUCCGGUUCGACCACCUUACUUAAGUCGACAUUCUCCUUUCAACUUAACAACCGGAUAUUUCCUCAUAGAAUAUGUCGGAAGCACUGAUACUGUGAUGCUUUCUGAAUCUUGGCACAAGUUACGCCACGACCACAAACGCAGAACCAACCUUUUCCGCGGGCUGAGUCGAAUCAUCCUAUCAUUAGCGCAGUCCCCUUUCAAUUGCAUCGGAUCUCUAACAAUGAACAACCAAGGGAAUAUAAAGCUCACCAACCGCCCUCUAACACUUCGCCUUCAUCAGCUAGAAAACGAGUCCAUACCCACCAACAUAGGUAGAGACCUCACAUAUUCAACAUGCGAUAGCUAUUACAUGGACUUACUCUCCUGCCACGACAGCCGGUUGCGCCGCGCCCCAAAUUCUGUACGAGACAAAGCCGACGGUGAAGCACAGCUGUCAGCCCUGACCAUUAUGCGAGCUCUGCUACCACAUUUCACCUGCCGCGAUUAUCGACGUGGACCGUUCAUCAUGACCUUAACGGAUCUACACCAAAGCAACAUCUUCGUCGACACAGACUGGAAUAUCAAGUCACUCGUAGAUCUAGAGUGGACAUGCUCCCAUUACCAUCGUGGGGUGGACCAGAUCUACGGAGAACACCUGGAUGCCUUCAGCGGUAUUCAUGCUGAAUUUAUGCAUAUCUUUGAGCAGGAGGAACAGGUUUAUGCUGGAGCGGCGGGAACUAGGACCUCGAACUUGACAAGUAUCAUGAAAAAAGGCUGGGGAAUUGGAAACUUCUGGUACUUCCAUGCCCUUGAAACUCCCAAGGGAUUAUACAAUAUUUUCCUGGAUCACAUACAACCAAGAUUCUUGAAAGUGGAUGACGCUAAGAUGGUGGAGUUUGAACGGACUAUCUCGCCAUAUUGGACUCCGGAUGUACAAGGAUUUCUGGAUGGGAAGAUGCAAGAUAAAGCGGUAUAUGAAGGUCAUCUUCGUGAUGCUUUUGCAGGCGCGCAAGAAGGAUGGCCUAACUCAUGA